UAGACCAGUACUGUGCCUUUAAGAAGAGAGCUCGGUCAGCUCACUAUCCUCUGGUUCUCCACCUUCCUCCCUUCCGUUGAGCUUCAAGGGAUAUCAACCCGGCCCGAGAUAGGCUACUGAUAAGCAAUAUUCAGCAUUCAAGGUUAGUCGAUCAGGAGAAGAAUGGAUCCAGUUUGAGCAUCUUGACUGAUAAGACCCUGUCCAGUUGCUGAGUGUGAUCCUGUAACCAUGGCGACCUGCGGGCGUGGCUGCAUCCCUGCAGUGCGUUUCUGCCAGAGGCUGAACCGACUGAAGACCCUGGAUGAUGACUUGAUGGUGACGUCAAUGAAGCGUUGCCUGACCAUGGUGGACCUGGCCCUGCUGGGUGUUGGGGGCAUGGUGGGCUCUGGCCUCUACGUCCUGACUGGCACUGUUGCCAAGGACACCGCUGGACCUGCCGUGGUCCUCUCCUUCCUCAUAGCAGGCAUCGCCUCCCUGAUGGCUGCCCUCUGCUAUGCAGAGUUCGGAGCUCGUGUUCCCAGAACGGGCUCGGCCUACAUGUUCACCUAUGUUUCUUGUGGAGAGAUCUGGGCCUUUCUCAUUGGCUGGAACGUAGUGUUGGAGUACAUGAUUGGUGGAGCCGCGGUGGCGCGGGCGUGGAGUGGUUACCUAGACUCCAUGUUUAACCACACCAUCCAGAACUACACAGAGAACCACAUAAUGAAGUGGAAUGUUCCCUAUAUCGCCCACUACCCUGACCUGCUGGCUGCUGGGAUUCUAGUUGUUGCCACCAUCUUCAUAACCUUCGGAGUGCGAGUCUCCUCUUGGCUCAACCACAUCUUCUCAGCCGUUAGUCUGGUUGUCAUACUCUUCAUCUUGGUGUUUGGCUUCGUGCUAGCCGACCCAGUCAACUGGAGCCAGAAGGAAGGAGGUUUUGCACCGUUCGGUGUCAAUGGGGUGAUGGCGGGCACAGCCACUUGCUUUUACGCAUUUGUUGGCUUUGAUGUGAUUGCAGCCUCCAGUGAGGAGGCAAAGAACCCCCAGCGAGCCAUUCCCAUGGCCACAGCCAUUUCCCUGGGCAUGGCCGCCACAGCCUAUAUCCUGGUCUCCACAGUCCUCACUCUCAUGGUGCCUUGGCACUCGCUCGACCCAAACUCAGCCCUGUCUGACGCCUUCUUCCGCCGAGGCUACAGCUGGGCUGGCUACAUUGUGGCAGUAGGGUCCAUCUGUGCCAUGAACACAGUGCUACUCAGCAACCUCUUCUCUCUCCCUCGGAUUGUUUAUGCUAUGGCGGAAGAUGGCCUCUUCUUCUCCUUCUUCGCCAAGGUCAACCCUGUCACCAAGGUCCCUGUUAAUGCCAUCUUGGUGUUUGGCCUCCUCAUGGCCGUCAUGGCCCUCAUCUUUGACCUGGAGGCCCUGGUCCAGUUCCUGUCCAUCGGCACCCUCCUAGCCUACACCUUUGUGGCAGCCAGUGUCAUCGUGCUGCGCUUCCAGCCUGAGAAGGAGAGGACCAGUUCCAAGGCUAACUCCACCAUGUCCCCCAACUCUAACCCUGAGCCCUCGCCCGAAGUCUCAGAGUCUCAGAUCAUAGCUCAGGACAGUGGGGAGCUGAAAGAGUAUGAGUCCUUCUCAGACAAGCUGCAGCUGGUGGAGAUGCAGAAUACCAGGGAACGGAGUGCCCCAGGGGUGUUGAAGGCCCGCUGGGAGCCUUACCUGGGCAGGUUGCUGGGGGACUUUGAGCCAGGGGAAGUGGUGGCCUUUUCUGUGCUGGCGGUGAUGGUGAGCUCAGUGUCCCUCUGUGCCGUGUUUGUGUUUGGGAGUAACCAGCUUCAGCUGCCUACGUGGAGCUUCGCCCUGCUAAUAGUGGUGUUUGGCUCAACCUUCCUCCUCAGCCUGGUCGUCAUAUAUGCCCAUGAACCUCAUGUCAACACCAAAACCUUCCAGGUACCCUUGGUCCCAUUCAUUCCUGCUGCAAGCAUCCUCAUGAAUGUGUUCCUAAUGCUGAAGCUCAGCCCCAUGACCUGGAUCCGCUUUACUGUAUGGGUGGCUGCAGGUCUGCUCGUGUAUUUUGGCUAUGGGAUCUGGCACAGUAAGGAGGGCCUGAGGGAGCUGCAGCCAAAGGAUAUGGCAGCCAGGUACGUGGUGCUCCCCAGUGGCAGCCUGGUAGAGACAGUCCAGUCUGUGCAGCCGAAUGGACAGCGUGACGCCAGCACCCUCCACACCACUCCAUCCCCGUCUGCUGAGGAGCAGCAGGCAAAGAGAUGAUGUGUAAGAAGGGAGCCAUUCUUAUUAAAGUGGGCCAUUAUCGUCUAUCAGCUCCUGCUCGUAUACUUUUACUGCUUUCAUUACCUCACUCUCUUCUCUUGUCACCCCUCCCUCGUGUGACUGGCCUCAUACAGUUGAUGUGCAACCCCACAAGGCUUUGUUUCUCUGCAUUAGUAAACACACAUCACAGGAUGGGACUCACUCUCAUUAUGAAACAUAUUUAUAUCUGUUAAUAUGGGAACAUACCUUUUAUAGCUAUCCAACAUUGUUUACGAUAUUAUUUAUUUCAAUAAACCAGCACAGGUGUUUUUUCUUUGUUA